AUGCGGAUAUCCUUAGCAGGGUUUCGAAGUUCCUUGCCCUUUUCAGGGCUAAUCAGUAGUUGCCAAUCGCUGGUCAUAGAACAUAAAUUUUCUGCCAAGGAGAUUUGUGAGGCUAAAGCUACAGUCUAUAGAGCUGUAGCAAAUUGGAAAAGAAAUGCGAGCUUGGAGGAAAGAAACAUUGGUUUGAAGAAAUGA